CUUCACUAUGGAGUGUACCCCAUUUUUAUUUGUCAACAAACUCGUCUUUUUUCACAACCUUCUUCAAUGAUUCACUUUUGUUUCUGAAACUCUUUACUCCCUUAUUUCUUUAUCUGAGCACUUCCAAUUUGCUGUUUUUUCUUCGUUAGGAUCCUUUUGGAAGAUUAGCUUUUGAUAUGGAGUAUGAUAAUCUGUUCAGUCACACUUCUUUGGGUGCAAUUUCUUGUAAUAUAUAGGGCAGUGGAAGCUGGACAAUUGUUGUACUUUCUAGUAUACUGUGUAUAGACUGUCUACUCUAGCCAGAAAAAAUUUCACUUGAAGUUUACAAUGGAUAAGAAAGGUCUUGCAAAUGGCAAGGAACAUGUGGGUGACAGGGGAAAGGAUGGAGCUCUGCAAAAGCAGUCCAAUGCUGAGUUCAGACCGGGAGAGAUAACAUGGAUCAAGUUGCGUGGCGCUCCAUGGUGGCCUGCACAGAUUGUGGAUGAAAAUGCAGUAAGUGAUAAUAAUAAACCUCGCAAGGGAAAAAGCAAUGAAGUUCUCGUGCGCCUAUAUGGAACAUAUGACUACUCAUACGUGGACCCUGUGGCAAGUCUCUUGGAGUUUAAUAAUGUACUAAAGCAAAAUAAGAGUAGUCAAAGAGAUAUGUUUCAGAAGGCCUUGGAGCAGGAACUCUCUAAAUUACGAUCUCGGAGAACUAACUCACGAAGAGCUAAAGCCAAAGGGAAUGGAAGUGUAGGCAAGGAGAAAACAGUACCUUCGAAGAGAGCAACUGAUGAGCUAGAUGGGCUUAAGAAGAAAUGCAAACCAGAUAGUUUUAGAUAUGAUGACACUCCUCAGACACCGGAAGGAACUGCUCGGAGAUUGAAAGUAAUGCAGGAUCUUGGCCUCACAGCCCCUUCUGGGUCCCCAUUUCUGAAAGAUGGACGAGUUUUAUCUGCUGUGUAGUGAACAAAUGUUUGUGAGUUAGGUACAUUGAUUAUCCCCUACAAAUAUCUAGAUUAGUCAUGCUUUUUGUUAGUAAGUGUUGUAUUCAGUGUAUCAUUCUAAUCUCAAGUGGUUAUUUGGGGAGUUCGGCAAAAUGUGGAGUGACUGGUGCAAAGAUACAAAAGAGCAGAAGCUUUUUUUUUGGAGGGGAGGAUUUCAAGCUGAAUUCUUUUAGUCCAGUGGCAGUUUUUUUUUGUUUUUGUUGUAGAACAAAUGAAAAAUAUGCAAUGCCUCCAAAUGUUUAGAUUGAGGUUUACAGCUUUCAUUCA